UCAGAUGUAACCACGGCAAUGUCUUCUGAAAGCGACAUUUUUUUUCAAUCGGAAGCACUCUAGUAUUUACUGGGGUCGCUUCAAAUUUUCAUCAUAACUUCGCCACCUUUGAUUUCUAGAAAAAAUAAAGAAAUCAAUGUAAAAAAUGGCGACGUGUGGAUCAGUGACCCAGCCUCAAGGGGCUCCACCACCAAACUUUGGCAAUAUGGACUAUCUCGGAGCCACUCAGAACGCCACGUAUACGACUGGCCCUCGUCAGUGCACACAGUUCACCCCCCUGCCGUCCAUUGGCAACAUGCAGAGAUCUUACAAGGCCUACGACACGUACCCAGCCCCAACUCCAAUGAGGCAAUCUCUUACCACGUUGCCAUGGAGACCGAGCACCUACUACCAGUCAGCAAAGGUGAAUCCGUGCACCGCUAUCGGCCGGAGCAUGCCGGACCCCUCGUCCGCGCGCACACAGCUCACUGAGCUGGACAGCCUCAAGGUGCCCCCUGUCUUUGCGGCUGCCAGGAACGCACUGUACACCAGGCGAUAUCAACUUCUGGAGAACGGAACUGAUUCAUGAACUAGAUAGCAUGAUCACGGAGACAAAUGCCCUGAACGAAGCCAAGCGAAUCUUGGAGAAAAAUCUUGCGGAGUCAGAGAAUCCCCUGCAUAUAUCCCAAGAAUGUCUCUACAACAGAGAAAAGCGCCAAUCGAUCGACCUGGUUCACGACCUGCCAGAGAAAGAUCUAAUCAGAGAGGUGGACCUGAUCAAACGAUGUCAGGAAAAAAUGAGAAACACUAUUGACAGAGCCAACGUGCAGUUGGGCCUGAACCGUGCAGCCCAGCACGAGCUGGAGCGGGACUCCGGGGACAAGUUUAUCGCCGAGAACUUGGACAACACCUCGCACAUGCUGCGCAACUCCAGCCGCGGGAUUGCCUACCACGACGGCGUGCACCGCAUUGACAACACCAUCAGCGUGCCCGAGACCUGGGCCAAAUGUGGAAUACCGUGAACACGGCUUUGAGCAAUCGUAUUCAGGAAACGACGGAUGCCCGGAACAAGAUUCAGACGCAUCUGAACAGAACUCUCCAAGAAAUCUUUGAUAUGGAGAAAAACGUGGAGCUAUUGAAGAAGUCAAUCCACGAUAAGGAAGCUCCAAUGCAGGUUGCCCAAACCCGGCUGGACACCCGGCUCCGUCGUCCUAACGUAGAGCAGUGCCGUGACGCCGUGCACACCCGUCUGGUGGAGGAGGUGGGCGAGAUCACAGACACAGUGGACCAUCUACAGCACAGGCUGAGGGAGGCUGAGAACGCUUUGCAG